AUGGCCAGCGAAAGCCUGUUGCAUCGCAUUCGUCGCGAUUUACCGGUCAUCGGUUACUGUCUCAUCGUCGGACUGGCAGCAACAUCCUUUGGCUUCGAUCAAGGUCUGACUGGCGGCUUCUUCUCCAUGAAACAGUACAACAAAGACCUUGGCUACUAUGACAAAGCAAAAGGUGUAUACGCCAUGACAGCUGAAUCCCAGACAAUGAUGAUGGGAAUCGAGAUCGGAUCCGUUCUUGUUGCAGCCGUCAUUUCAGGUUAUAUCGGUUCCAAAUGGGGCCGGAAAGUUGGAUUGGUUAUCGGCAAUUUGAUCGGCAUCUUGGGAGUAGGGAUCCAAAUGAUUUCUCAUUUUGCAGCUGCAGUUGUUGGACGGGCGUUGAUGGGUGUUUCUAUUGCUUUCGCUGCCCAGUUCUGUAUCCCCUACUGGAGUGAAGCAGCGCCCGUUUACUUGCGCGGAUUCAUCGUUGUGUUUUAUCAAUUCUUUAUCAAUCUGCCAACCUUUAUCGGUAGCUGUGUUGAUCAAGGGACUUAUAAACUUGAUAAUCCGCUGGCUUAUCGCAUUCCUCUUGUUGUGGCCAUGGCAGCUCCAGCAGCUUUGCUGUGUUUGAUAUGGAUCGUCCCUGAAUCUCCACGCUGGCUUAUCACUCAUGGACGCAUCGAAGAAGCUAAAGUAUCCAUGUCAAAGAUCCGAGGCCGUCACGCAUCGGUAGAUGAUGUGGAUCAAGAAGUCCGAGAAAUCAUCGCCUAUGUCGAGCUUGAAAAGGCCCUCGAAAGUUCCACGUCGUACGCCGAGUGCUUCAAGGGUACCGAACUUUGUCGAACGCUAAUUGCCUCGGUCAUUGCAGCAGGAGGGCAAUUGAUGGGCGUCGGAUUCAUUGGAGCAUAUUCAACCUAUUUCUUCGACGUGAUCGGAUUCUCAAACGCCUUCCUCGUAACAGUCAUCGUCAGUCUUUGCUCCGUGGCUGGUGUCCUCGUCGCAUUCAUGAUCGUAAACUAUGUCGGCCGACGACCCAUCAUGAUAACCGGCUCUGGCGUUCUGACAUUCUGCAUGCUCGCCUUUGCAGUCGUCGCUCAAGCAACCCCAGCACGAAACAAAGCAGCAGCCAAAUUCAUCAUAUUCUGUAUUUGCUGCUAUUCUUUCACUUACUCUGCAUCCUGGGGCUCCGUGGGGAGCGUCAUGAUGGGUGAAGUACCUUCAAACCGACUGCGGUCAAAGACGUUGGCAAUCGCCAUGUCUGCCAGUUGGGUAUCUGCUCUGACUGUCAUUACAGCUAUUCCAUACCUGCUUAGUGCCCAAUACGCGAACCUGGGGACCAAAGUUGGAUUCAUUUUUGGAUCUAUUGGUGUUUGUAUAUUUAUUGUGUCGUGGAUCAUUAUUCCCGAGACUAAAGGUCGGUCUUUGGAGCAGCUUGAUGAGAUGUUUAUGAAUCGCAUCCCCACACGAGAGUUCAAAUCGUAUGUUUGUACGGGUCUUGUUGCUGGGUAUGAUGUCAACACAUUUGGAGAUGAGAAGCGAGCUGUCAUGGGGGAGUCCACGCACGUUGAGAAGGUGUAA